GUCUCUCCUGUACCUUUUACAUGAGGAUAAGCUCCAAAAAUGCGGACUUUUGGGGGAGGGCCAGUCUACCUCUGACUGGUCCAAUAAAAAGUAUGAACACUGGGAGCAGGUGCUGCUGCCCACAUGCGUCCUCCCUCCGAGGAGAGAGGUGAGGUCCCAACUUCCAGUUCGCAUAAGGAGUCCGCCAUCGGGGAACGAGGCUAAUGACGAAGCCUCGAGCUCAGACUCGGAUGAAGGUAAAGCCCUCCAUACUUCGAGAAUGUGGUCCCCCACCUUACUGAGGCAUAAGCACAAUAGGUUAGUCUCAUGCCCACAUGAUAGAUACCACUUCUACAUAUGGAGUUGGGUAGACGACUGUGUCCAUAGGUUUGAUAGUGGGCUCGGGAAGUAUGACACCAUGUAUACUUCGGACGAGGUGUGGAACGGGAUAGCUGUCCAAUACGGGACCAAUGAUUAUAGGGACCUUUCGAGGUUAUCACCCACCUAUAGGGAAGGUACUCCCCCUGCUUCUUCUGAAGAUGGGGGAAUUUCAUGGUCCCCGAGCUCUAGUUCGGGGAAGAGUUCUAGUGCCAUGGACUCCGACCUCGACGCUGUGCUUUUUAGCGAUGAGGGAUCCGGAGCUCAGAAGAGUAAACGUCCGAGAAUCCCGCGGAGGUCUGACCGACCACUCAAGAUCCCCAGAUGCCACGAGAAGACCCCAACGGCCCAGACUACUACGAGCACAACCGAGGAACUGAUUGUCCAGGUUGAUGCGUCUGGCUCAACUGCGCCCAUCUCGCUUCCUCCAACCGAUACUCAAAUAACAGUCGGUCGGCCCCCGAAGAAACCUUCUGUCUCCAAGGUUCAGCUGCCGACGGCCCGACCUCAUAUUGAGGAGUUCGUGCUUGAUGGCGCCGCUAGGACCCAAGGGGCUGUGCUCAGCUCGGAUGUCCUCUCUCGAGUGGGUCAGAGCUUUUCAGGCUUCGACGCCGACCAUUGGGACCUUAUGCACAAGGCCUCGGACUGCAAUACUCUUUAUGAUAAGAGUAUCGAACUCACUGCCGCGGUAGCCUUCGCAACUCUCCUUUAAGUGUUUGUGCCUCAGCUCACGAUUUAAUUCGUUCUUUGUAUUUCAGGCCCUUGUCGUUUCAGCACAGCUUAACUAUAAGCUGAUCAACGAGGUGCACACGAGCAUGUCUCUGGCCCAAAAGUCAAAGGAUCUCCAGCUUAAGAUGGCUGACGAACUCAAAGACUCGAAGUCCGAACUUGAAAAAAUGAAGACCCGUCUCGUGGAGCUGGAGAAGACGAAUGCCGAGCUUGAACAGGCGAAGACUCGUCUUGAGAAGGCUAAUGCUAAGCUCAAAGAGGAGAAAUCUGCUACCUUCGACAUCAUGGAGAG